AUGACAACCACUCCGCCGCCCAGGCUUCCCGUCACCCCGACCGACAGCAGCAGCGGUAUCGUGUCUCCCGUCGACUCGCCUUCGCGUUUCGACCUGGGUCCAAAUGCCCUCACGUUCUCGCCUUCUGAGGCGACCACAGCGGUCAGCCAUGCUGCAGCGCUGAGCCCACCAAACGAGCGCACCCACCUCCUCUCUCGUCACCCUCCUGCACCUCUAGCUCCUCAGGUUCGAUACUGGAGCGACCCAGAAGAUGUUCCGCAAAUGUCACCUAUGCGCUCACCACGUCAUCUGCUACCCUCAAUUGGCCGUCCACCGUCUGGCUCCAAGCCCAAGCGUAGUGCCAACCGUGUUGCGAAGAAGAUUCGCAAGCGCUCGCGGUACUACAUUCCCUACAGCUGGUCUCUCUUUUCGGGUGAUCUUGUCGCAGGCGUGUCGGUUGCCUGCCUAAUGGUGCCGCAGGCAAUGUCCUAUGCAAAUGGACUGGCUGGCCUGACGCCCGUGGCAGGUCUUUGGGCCUCUGCCGUGUCAGCGAUUGUUUACGGAGCCCUGGGCACUUGCAGGCAAAUGUCCAUGGGGCCAGAGGCCUCCCUGUCGCUCCUGUUGGGUCAAACUAUCAAGGAGUUGAUCUAUAGCGACCCUCACAGCGUGCCGGAGAACGCCGAACUGGAAGCGAUCGCCGUCUCGGUCAUUGUCACGUUCCAGGUUGGCGUCAUCACCACCGUGCUGGGCCUUCUCCGCCUGGGGUUCCUUGAUGUUGUCCUUUCGCGUGCGCUCAUGCGUGGUUUCUUGACUGCCAUCGGCUUUAUCAUCCUAGUCGAGCAGUCCAUCCCGCUUCUUGGCCUCGUGCCAUACCUGCACAGCCAGCCAAACCCGCCUAGUAUGCCUAUUUCCAAGCUCAUAUUCGUCCUCAAGAACCUGUCACACGCAAACAUUCCCACCACUAUCCUUUCCGCAUGCUGUCUUGGGUUCCUCAUUUUCUGCAAGGUUGGCAAGCAGAUCGUCCUCAAGACCCCUGGUGGCACUUGGGUUCGCUUCGUGCCCGAGAUCUUGAUCGUAGUUGUGCCCACCACAGUUCUCUGCAAGGCGUACCGCUGGGAUGACCUCGGCGUGGAGGUCCUGGGCAGUAUCAAGGGUGGCAGCAGCAUUCCCUUUGGGUUGCCUCUGAGUGCUCGUACUCUAAAGUACUUUAACGACACACUCCCCACCGCGUUCGUCAUGGCUGUCGUUGGCGUUGUGGACUCGAUGAUUGCGGCAAGGGAGAAUGCCACAAAAUAUGGCUACCCUGUCAGCCCCAACCGUGAACUCAUUGCUCUGGGUUCUGGCAACCUUGCGUCGUCGUUUGUCGUAGGCACUGGAUCUCUUCCUAUCUUUGGAUCUCUCACUCGCUCGCGUCUCAAUGGUGCCAUCGGCGCUCGUACUCAAAUGUCCGGCCUCAUUACCGCGGCCAUCCUUAUCCUGUCGGUCUUCUUCUUGCUUCCAUCCUUGUUCUUCCUUCCAAAGGCUGUGCUCGCGUCGAUCAUCACAAUGGUUGUGUAUACUCUCUUGAGUGAGGCCCCGCACGACAUCAUUUUCUUCUGGAAGAUGCGCGCCUGGACCGACUUUGCUCAGAUGACUGGCACCUUCCUUCUGACUCUGCUCUUCUCGAUCGAGGUCGGUCUCGUCGCGUCUGUUGGAUUCUCCCUCAUCCUCGUGAUCCAACGCUCCACCACCCCACGUAUCAAGAUCAUCGGGCGGCGACCCAACUCGGACGAGUGGGUGGCCAUUGAUGAGGAUGACGAGGCUCGCGAAGAGAUGCCGGGUGUUCUUGUCGUUCGCAUUCGCGAGUCACUCUCUUUUGCCAAUACUGGUCAGCUGAAAGAGCGUCUCCGUCGCCUUGAGCUGUAUGGUCCGAAGAAAAGCCACCCGUCCGACUCUCCCCGUCGCAGCGCCGCCAAAGCGGUGAUCAUGCACAUGGGCGACGUCGAUGAGAUUGACGCAUCUGCGCUGCAGAUUCUGUCUGAACUCGUGACGGCGUAUCACGAGCGUGGCGUGGGCUUCUACUUUGCACACCUCCACCCUCAGCAUCUUGCACAGUUCCACCUCGUCGGUAUCACCGACCUUUUGGGUCCGCACCACUUCCAACCCGACCUGCGCAGCGCAAUGCAAGAGGUCGAGAGUCUUGGGUUUGGAGGAAGCUUGACCACCUCGCACUGGGGUCGCGACCGUUGGGCAGAUGACGCGUAG